AUGGUGUGUGUGUGCAGGCUUUUCUUGGUUGCUGCCUUGCUGCUGUGUUUGCAAGUGCAGUUCUCUAUCUCUCAGCACUGGUCUCAUGGAUGGUACCCUGGUGGAAAGAGAGAGAUUGAUUCCUACAGCUCAUCAGAGAUAUCAGGGGAGAUCAAACUAUGUGAGGCCGGAGAAUGCAGCUAUUUGAGGCCGCUGAGGACAAACAUCCUAAGAAGCAUCCUGAUUGACGCCCUUGCAAGAGAAUUCCAGAAAAGAAAGUGACAUCUCAUAAAACAUAUAACAUCCCUUCUUCACUUGUCCUGCCAACAUGGCCGGACUCUCUGCUCAUUUCUUGGAAUGAGCAAUCGUGUUUAUGUUUACUUUUUGAC